AUGCUUAAAGGCGAGACCGGUGGCCUCCGAGAUUAUGGAGAUAUAUCUGAAUGCGCCGCUAAGGGCGGUGAAUGCGACGAGAGCAAGGGACGACCCGUGUGCGGAAGUGACAAUAAAACCUAUCCAACCCGGUGUCAUCUGAUCAGGGCACAGUGUAGUGGACAUCAGGUCGCCUUCAAGCAUCGCGGAUCGUGCAAAGAUGUUUGUAUCGCUUCACGAACCUACGCCCUGCAGCAGCGUGCCAACUCACCGUACACGAUCAAGUACGUGCCACGGUGUCGCGAAGACGGAACAUACGCCCCAGUCCAGUGUAUCGACGGUGGUGGCUGCUGGUGUGUCAACGGACAGGGCAAACAACUGCCCAACACGAUGGUCCAGCACGGGAAGCCCAUCUGCGUGAAGAAGGGCAAAUCCAACCAACGCCGAUCGUCACCACGAAAUCCGGUUCGCAACAAGCGCAGUUGCAGCGGGCUGGAUCGGGCCAUUUUUAACACCAACCUACUGAAUCUGUUCCAAAACGAGCACGUCCGAGUGCACCAACAUAACCUCACCGGGCCGGUCAACGAGAAGGUGGUGCUCGACUGGAAGUUCGCCAUGAUGGACCUGAACGGGAACGAUCUGCUGGACAAGACCGAAUAUCGCACCAUGAAGCGCCUGAUAAAGAAGGUCGUGAAGCCGAAACGUUGUGGCAGAUCGUUCGGUAAGAACUGUGACGCCGACCAGGACGAACGACUAUCGCGUAACGAAUGGUACAACUGUUUGGCAAAAGACGACGUCACACCACAACACCACUCACCGUCAUCGUCAUCAUCAUCCUCAUCAUCAUCACCAUCAAUAUCUAGUUACUCUUCCGGUGGUUCUGGACACUACACUGUUCCCCAUCAUCAUAGCACUCUCGGUGGGCUGGUACGCGGCCAUGGUGGUGUGGGUGGUGGGUCUGGUGGUGCGGUCGGCGGCGUUGGCGGCACCGGCGGUGGCGGUCACUAUCUGCGUGCCGACGACGAUGACUCACAGAAUAUCUCGAACGAUUUCACUGACGAUGACGAUGACGAUCAUUCAGAGAAUGAGUACGAUUCGGACGAACUGCCCGACAGUGAUAAUGCACUACUAAACGGAUUGCAGUUGCCCGUAAACGGAUUGCAGCCAUACCUGUUGCUGCAGGGCAAGACCAUGGUCGACCCCAAGGGUGAGGAUGACGCCAUCUUUAAGGACAGUGAAGCGGAUUCGGACUGCCUGAGCGAUCGCAAAUACGCCCUCGAUGAGCAGAAGUACGGUACCAAUGCACUGUAUGUGCCAGAGUGUACACCGGAUGGACGAUACCAGCGGGUUCAGUGUUACCGAUCAACGGGCUACUGCUGGUGCGUGAAUGAAGACACGGGCAAGAACAUCCCUGGGACAUCGACGAAGGACGAAAAGCCCGUUUGUGAUCAGUACGCUUCCUCUACACGGCCCAUGAAGGGCUGCCCGGAGGAGAAGAAGAUGGAGUUCCUGAAGGAUUUGAAGGCCUUCCUCAGCAAGCAGGUUUCGACGUCCUUUGCUGGCAAAAUAAUACCAGUGUGGAACACGGAGGAAGAAAAGAUUGCCAUAUUGAGCUUCGUGUUAUUAGACAAAAACCAGAACAAGCAGCUGGAGCGAAAGGAGUGGAAGGCUUUCCGCGAGAUGAUCACAGCUACGAGGCAAUUGCGGAAAUGUGGCAAAAAAAUGCCACGAUACUGCGACGUGAACAGCGAUCGGAAGAUCACCCUGUCUGAGUGGAUGAGCUGUCUGGAUGGUAAGCGAAAUAGUUCCGUGGACGUAGCCGCCAUGAGUGCACCAUUAGUGCAGGCUGAGGCGAAAUCUAUCAGCAGCAGUACUAACAGUGGCAGCAGUAGCGCAGGUUCGCCAACAAGCUCGAAGUUCAAGGGAAGAAACCCCCUAGAAUUCGUCCUGAAGAGUGACUAA